AUGUCCUCAGAUUCUCGUAACAUUGGCCAUGCUGUAGGCCAGGCUUAUAAGACAUUCAUGGGCGGUGGAGAUGGCAGCCGUCGUGGUGGUCGUCGUGGUGGUCGUCGUGGCGGUGGUCGAGGCGGUGGUCGAGGCCAUGGUGGCGUGGAUAAGUCUGGCCGCAAUUGCCGCCAUUGCAAUUCGCCCUACCACCUGCGGAAGGACUGUCCUCACAGGGACAGACCCCGAUUUAAUCGUGGCCGACAGGCAGCCCUUCCCGCUGCCGAAGCCAGAGCUGCUCUUCCAGCUCCCGAGCCUGCUGCCUCUUCAGCAGCCUCUACUCCGGCUGUCACUGCUACAGCUCCCGCUGCUACCACUGCAGCUGUUACCUCUGCUGCCACUUCUGCAGCUCCUACUCCCGCUCCCGCUCCCGCUCCCGCUUCCGCUUCCGCUUCCGCUGCCACUUCUGCAGCUCCCACACCAUCUCCCCCUCUGGCUCAGGCUCCUUCUGAGCUCUCGUCUUCGACCCCUCCUGCCCCCCCCUCUGAGCUCCCAUCUUCGGGUUCCGCCCUGGCUGCCGUUGGGCUCCCGUCUCUGGGUCCUCCCUCUCUCCCUCCCGUUGAGCUACCAGCGGAGGUUCCCCUAGCCGGCGAGAUACCUAUGUCGGAUGCCCCUGAUGCCCCUGCUGAGUCUCAGGCCAAUGAGGGACUUGCUGUUAGCGCCACAACGCCCAACCAGGAGGAGUUGGCACGUAUGGCGCUGAUCUUCCAAGUGUCUAUCGGGACGGGCCUUUCCGCGGCUGACGCGAGGUCGAUGCUCGUCGCGGCCGAGGGGAACGUCGAGGUCUCCAUACGCUUGGGCACGAUGCUCUUUAGAGUGUUGGAGGAGACUGGCAUGCACAGUGAGGCGGCUUUCACUCUCCUCACCCAUGUCCGAUGGGAUAUGUCUACCGUCCCGCUCGCACUCUCAUCUUUCUGGCCUGAUGGUGUCAUCCCUGACGAGCACUUGCGGCCGAGUGUCGUUGAAGCCAGACGACAGCGUGCUGCCACCAUGCACGAGUCUCGCCAGAUCGAGGGCCCCCAUCAGGAGGAGCUUCAGUGUGGACGCAGUUGGGCGUGGCUAGUGCCUCGACCAGCACUACGCUCACUAAAGCUACCAGACUCUGUCCAGGUAACUGACGCUCAUCUUAUCGGCUGGUGGCGACCGUGUAUCGGUGGAUACUGUCUUCAGACGGUACCAUACACUGGUGUAUUUGCGCUCUCCUAUUCGGCUGGUAGCGGCCAGACUUGGUCUUGGCGUCAAAUAGUGCUCGCGGUCAAUGAGGAUCAGACUGGACGCUGGUGA